AUGGCUUCUAUUCUUACUGAUGAAGAAAUACUCAAUAUGAUUAAUAAUGGAGAUUUUCUAAUGUCAGACGAAGAAUUUGAUCUUAAUUCUGGGAGUGAUAAUUUAGGCGAGGGUGAUUCUGGAGAUGACGAUUACGAUAAAAAUAAUACAGCUGAACAAAAUAUUGUCGAUGGCCAGGAACAAUCAUCUGAAUCGCUUACUGAAACAGAUUUAGCUCCACCACAAAUUAGCUGUGAAAACAAUUAUAACUGGUCUACUUUUCGUCCUCAAGUUAAAGACAUUCCUUUUUCUGAAACACUCGGACUUAAAAUUUUUCCUAAAGGUAACGACCCAAUCGAUUAUUUCGAUUUAUUUGUUACAAACACAUUUUGGGAGUUUUUAGUUGAAGAGGCAAAUUCAUAUGCAGUUGAAGUCUUUUUGAACAGCGAUAGGACUAAUUCUCGUAUUUCAAAUUGGAAAAAUACAGAUGUUGUUGAGAUGAAAAAGUUUAUUGCUCUUUUAUUUCACACUGGUACUAUUCACAUAAAUAGAUUAGAAGACUACUGGAAAACCAAUGAGCUUUUCAAUUUUCAUAUUUUUCGAAAUACUAUGAGUCGCAACCGAUUUAUGCUAUUGCUCAGAGUCUUAGAUUUUUGCAAAAAUCCAGGACAAAAUGAUCGUCCUACAAGUCGUUUAUAUAAAAUCGAUAAAAUGACAAAUUAUUUCAAUAAAACAAUGGAAGAAGUUUACCAGCCAUCAAAAAAUUUAUCAAUCGAUGACUCUAUGGUUUUAUUUAGAGGAAGACUUAUCUUUCGUUAG